CACCCUAGCCGAGCGUCACAAAGAGCGCCAAAAGAUCCUGAGGUCCGGCAGCCUGCAGGCUCCGCCCCCUUGCCUGCCCCCAUGGCAACGCACAAAGCUCCUCCUCAGACUUCUGUGUAGUUAGUCGCUCCGCGUCCGCGCGCCCUUCCACCAUGUCCUUCGACUCAGCUGCCGCUCGCGACUCGUUCUCCGCCACACAUCCCAGAAAGCCUUCGGUCAAAUGGGAUCUGGGCUCGAAUUUCGAGUCCGUUGCCAAGGAGACCACCUCCCCUGGCACGGACUUCCGGCGCGAGAGAAUGGAGAGCCAGCCGGAGAUUAGCCCCCGCAUCCACCCUCAGAUCUACUUCCUGCGGCCGCGGCCCCAAGUCCCGAAGCUGUUAUUCAGCAUAAUGAAUUCCAAUGAUGCAAAUGUGAGGAAAAUUUUACCCAAGAGCCAUUUAUCUCGGGUAAUUAUUCGGGACAACCUCAAUGCACAGCGCAUCUACGAGAUGGAGAUGAAAGCCUCUGACAAGACCAAGAGAAGAAUGAGCCACUUGUACGACCACCUGAAAAAAAAGUUCAUGACGGACCAGCUGAGAAAGAUGCUGCGCUGGAGGCGGGACUCUCUGAGCACCCAGCAGUACUUGGAUAGGCAACGGGCCUACAGAGCCUCGACUUAGACGGCCGGCCAGCCACCGCAGCAUUGGCAGAAUGGUCUGUCCCAGGAGCCCGAAACCACCCUGGUGAGAGCCGAGGAGCCCCGGAACAUGCUGGUCUCCACCAGGGUGGAGCAAUAAAAGGAAAGCCGCGGAUAGAAUAAGAGCA